AGGCCGCGUCAUUCGCCUAAUAUGGGCAGAGCCGGCAAGGCCCGGCCGGCCUUUCGGAUAAAUGGCGAGCGGCGAGCGGAAUCCCCGGCUUCGCGGAGACGCGUCGGCGGGGCGGGGAGGCCGAGAGGCGGUCCAGCGACAGGGCCCGGGGCCGCGCACCCAUCCCCUCCCCUCCCCUCUCGUCCCUGGGUUCAUUCAGUCCCCUCCGGCCGCCCCAGCGGCUCCUCCUCCCCCCCGCCCGUGUCCGGCGGCGACGGGCCCCGUCCCUCGGCUCGGCAGGAUGAAGGUGACCUCCCUAGACGGCCGCCAGCUCCGCAAGCUGCUCCGCAAGGAGGCGGCGGGCUGCCUGGUGCUGGACUGCCGGCCUUACCUGGCCUUCGCCGCCUCCUGCGUCCGAGGCUCGCUCAACGUCAACCUCAACUCGGUGGUCAUCCGGCGAGCCCGGGGCGGCCCGGUGCCCGUCCGCUUCGUGGUGCCCGACGAGGCGGCCCGGGCGCGGCUGCUGCAGGAGGACGGGCCCGGGGUGGCGGCCGUCAUCGUCCUGGACCAGAGCACCCGGCACUGGCAGAAGCUGCGGAAGGACAGCACGGCGCAGAUCGUGCUCAGCACCCUGCUGUCCAGCCUCCCGGCCGCCCCCAAAGUCUGCUUCCUCAGAGCGCUUACCUCCCUCCCCGCUUACCCCCCGCUCCUUUUCUUUUUCCUCUCUUCCUCCCGCCCCACCUCUCCCUGCCUUACUCCCUUCCUGGCUCAGGAACCUCUCCAGGACCCAUCUUUCCCUCCCAGGAGCAUUAAACAGAGAUAUCUGGAAUUGCAGCACUGCCCACCUCCCUGGCCUGGUGGGAGGGGUGGGAUGGAGGAAAGAAAGCUGGAGAUGAUUGCCACUGAGUUCACUCACCUAGAGAAAGGGGGAUAUGAGACAUUUUACUCACAAUAUCCUGAGUGUUGCGUGGAUGUAAAACCCAUUUCACAAGAGAAAAGCGAAACUGAGAAAAACCUCAUCAAUCACUGUGAGAGGCAGAACAUUAGCCACAAACCGGCUUAUGACCAGGGUGGUCCUGUUGAAAUCCUCCCGUUCCUCUACCUUGGUAGUGCCUACCAUGCUUCCAAGUGUGAAUUCCUAGCAAAUCUUCACAUCACUGCCCUGCUCAAUGUCUCCAGGAAAAGUUCAGAAUCCUGCACGGAACAGUAUCACUAUAAGUGGAUCCCAGUGGAGGACAACCACAUGGCAGAUAUCAGCUCCCAUUUUCAGGAAGCAAUAGACUUCAUUGACUGCGUCAGGCGAACUGGAGGCAAGAUCUUGGUCCACUGCGAAGCCGGAAUCUCCCGUUCCCCCACCAUCUGUAUGGCUUAUCUCAUGAAGACCAAAAAAUUCCGCUUGGAGGAGGCAUUUGAUUACAUCAAGCAACGUAGGAGUAUGAUCUCACCCAACUUUGGUUUCAUGGGCCAGCUGCUGCAGUAUGAGUCAGAGAUCCUGUCUUCCACUCCCAACCCCCCAGUCGCUUCUUGCAAAAGGGAGGCCGUGUCUUUCUUUGCAGAAGAACUGACUCUAAGCCAAGGAUUUGAAGGCUCUUGUUAUACGUUUCCUACCUCGGUGCUGACCACAGUGCCCAUCCGCUCUCCAGUCCAUCAGCUGAAGCUGAGCCCUAUCGCCGCCUCGUCAUCGUGCUGAGACGUGGGUUCUCUGGCCCCAACUGUGAUUUUUAAAAUGAGGACAUUUCAUAGAUGUGCAAUACUGAAGACCUCGCUGAUUUCAUCCCAACCAGAACCGUGGCAGUAGAGGCUUCGCUGUCUAUAGGAAACAGAAACGCUUAUAUGCCCAACCCGGGUUUUUCAACAACUGGACUGGCCGUAGGGACACGGACUCUUUUCAGUUUUACCGUGAAGACACCUAGCCAUCUGUGUUUCACUGAUGUGCGUUGACUACUGUACUUCCAGACCAAAAGCUUCCCAGGGUCGGGACUCCCUGUCCCUCAGGACUGCUUAAUCCCAUCUCUUGCCUUUUUCUUGUCCAAAUGUCGGCAAUAAACGGCUGCAUUGCGGAAGAACAAGCAAUGUUGGCCGGUGGGGUGGAGGUGGAAGGGAAGAAAGAGGUGAGGAGAGAAAGGCACGAAAUAAGCCAAUUCUUUUUGAAGGAAGCACAAUUGUCAUCUUACCCUUCUUAGGUGGCAGGGACUGGAACUUUGGCUGCAUCUGCCUAUUUUUUGCCUGUUGCUUCAGGGUCUAAACUGAUCACCAGCUGGAAUCAGGAAAAUAACUCUCUCCACAUGGGAUGUAGGACUGCCCCACUUGAUACAUUUUGUGUGGCUGGCUCACAUCUUUCUCUGGAGAGUCUCACUAGUUGCUGCCUGAGACAGACAAUCAGAGUAGCAGAGUAGAGAUCUGUUGCAUUUUAGCAGAUCACUGAGUUUCUGCAUUUCCCAUUGCUUUAGCUUUAAAACUCCCAAAACAUUUGGGAAUUUUAACUAAAGACACUGGGCCAGGCUGGUCCAUCUUAUCCAGCACCUUUCACUGCAUGGCCCUCUCAAUACUUGAAUGUCUCUCGACACCACACUAAGCAAAGCAACUCUUCCAUCGUUUUCAAACAGCAACUGCUGGAUCUUAGACCAAAAAUUCCCCACCACCCCCUAUUUUAAAAGUGUUACCUACUUGUAUCUUGUGGGCCAGUGGCAUUGAAAUUCUGCGUUUCUAGCUUGCCGUUGUUGUACGUACAUAUCUGUGUUCACUUUGUGUUUGUUCUCGUGAAACUUUCAUUUUCUAUCCCAGGGGGGUGUCUUUGAGCUGUUUGCUUCUGUAGUUCCCAGAUCUGCAGGGGCUUCAACACUGUAGUUCUCUUCGCAUCUGUCAGUUAUUUCUACAGGGGGAAACGGCAAUAAUUUCCUGAAGCAAAUACGUGACUGUGAAAGAAAGAUGACAUGUGGUUGUGUGUUUUUUAUAGUGUAAAAUAAAAAUUUAAACAAAAAAAA